AAUUGUCGUUUGAAGUAAACAGUAUGGAUAUUUGCCAAUUGGAUAAUUUAUAAAAUAUGGUUAAAUUAUUAUAAUUAAAGAGUGUUUUAUCAGUGUUUAUAAUAAACGCCGUUAAAAUGUGGCCCAUGCUUCUAAACAUGACGCGCGACGAAUGUCGCCGUACGCUUCGUAGACUCGAAUUGGAAGCCUACUCGAAUAUGAUCAGUGUGCUUAGAGCACAAGGGCCAUUGGAAGAGAAAAGAAAAAAGUUGCUUGAGGAAUUGCGCGCUGUUUUACACAUAAGCCAUGAUCGGCAUAGUGCCGAGGCGCGCCGCGUAUCCAAUGAUGAAUUAUUAGCUACAAUAGCAGACCAAUUGGCAGGUCCCAAUACAGGUUUAGCAUGGAUAUGCGAAGGCCGCCGGCGGGUGCCGCUGCUACCACGCGGAAUCCCGCAAACAAUGUACACAGAAAUAGCAGACAAAGCUGCAGAAAUCAAUAUAGCCAAAAACAAAGAACUUCAGAAAAAUCUGGAAGCUGAGAAACUUAUAGCCCCAAAGUCCAAUGAGGAUGAGUUACAAGAUGCAGAAGGUGAAACUGCUGAGAGUGCUCUCCAGUCAAAUGACAAUAUGGAUGAAAUUAUAUUCCCCCCUAUUGCAAUGGAGGACCAAACUACCAAAAUAUGGGAAACAGAACUUUCCAGUCGUAAAAGAAAAAAUGCUGAAGGUAGUGCAAUUCCAGAUGAUGGCACCACACCAGUUAAAAACAUGAGAAAUAUACCGGCAAAUACCAAUCAGAAACAUUUGAAUUUAUCACAAAUAUAUUCUAAAUUCUCCCAACCUCCAACAAGUAAACCAUCAGGCCAGUCAAAACAUUCAUAUAAUCAAGUAAGCAAAGUAUCCACAAGUAAAACUAGCCAGGUCCACACACCACGGGGUCCACAAAUUAAAAAUAGAUCACACAACAAAUCUUCCAAAAAUGCUUCACACAAAGCACAAACGAAAAAACAAGAGCUACCAAUGUCACCCAGUAAACAGUACAAUCCCACAUCACUACAAGUUGAAUAUUCUGGUCCACCAAACACAUUCCAGGCCAGUUACGCGCAAUCCAUUUUAGGUAACAAAAACAAACCUGACUACUUGAACGAAAUAAAACCGAAAGUUUUGUCAUCACCAGGCAUGGUAACUGACUCGCCCACCAUGCAACUUCUAACGCAGCCGGCGACCGUGCCUCAUGAGCUGGCCGUGCCGGAGAAUGCUCACCCCGACGAUCCCAGCACACUCCAGGCGCAAGGUACACCACCCGUUAAAACAAUGACUAACAAACCCUGCCACCUUAUAAUAAAGAAACGUGGAGAAGUAACUGCUGAUAAAAAAGUACAAAUGUCAGAGCUAAAGAUACUGCAAAAACCAGCAGAAGGAAUGAAGUUGCUAUCAAAUAGGCAAUUGGUUGUAGCGCCAAGUUCUGCACAGAAAGCUUUGUCUACAGCAGGUAAACUAGUUACUACCAAAGUUAUCGGCUCGAUACCCAAAAGUCGCACUUCAACUCCGUCAACCCCGUCAGUUUUCACUGAUAAAAUGAUCGUAGUGUCUAAGUCUUCGCCUGAAACAAAAAUGACUAGUUCUAAAAUAAUACUAACAUCCGGGGUUAGCACACCAGCGAAAGAUGGUACACCAAGCAGCAAUAUGUCACCUAAAAUUACAGAGACUCUAACACCGAAAGGUAUACCUGCAACUGAUUUGAAAGUCUCUGCAAAAACUGUUGUAUUAAAUCCAAGGUCAGGUCAAAAAAUGCUCGUGUUGCCAGCCAAAGCUCGAACGAAACCUGGACCAGACGGUCAAAUGCCAUUAUUGCAGUUUAAAAAUAUCUCUACUGCUAUGAAAUUAGUUCCUGUUAGUUCUCAAAGUAUUACCCAAGUUACAAAGUCGUCAUCAAUGACUGUUGUUUCGAAACCUACAGUUGUCAGUGCUAUGUCAUCAAGUACAAAGAUUCUUGGUGUGGAACCCAUAAAAACCGCCAAUUUGGCUGACAUAGUACCAGUAAAAGGCAUGACUCCAAUCACUACACCUAAACUCACCAACCCAAUAGUACGACCGACUAGCAGUAAAGGCUUAAUAGUAGUACAAAAAGGUGCUGCUAUCGGCAAAGCUUUAACAUUUACAAAAAAUGGUAACGAUAUGUCAAAAAUUAUCAUGGGAAAGAAUGUCAAUCAGUUGUUACAAGCAUCGAAAUCGGAACAAGCAGAGGCAGCUAAAUGUGCAGGAAAUGUAAUAGUUUUGGAACUUAACAAUGAACAAACAGGUCGAGCGACUACUAUGUCAGAAAUCCUAGACAGCAGAGGAUCUAAUGUAGCGCGGGUUCCCGACGAUAAAACUAUAACUCCAAUAACACAAGAUACACCAGUACUAUUUGACACCCAAUUAAAUGACGACACUUGCAAUCCUAGUAGUUUAGAUUCCACAACAGAAAGUAUAGGUGGCAUCGUGCCGAUCGAAGAAAGUGGUCUACCUCUUAUAGAAAAAGAUGAAGAGGCUAAAGCAAGUUUUACUAAAGACUCCGAAGGUGGUAAAGACUCGUCUAGUGUCACUGACUGGGAGAUGGAAUUAGACACUGUUUCAAGGAAAGGGAAAGAUGAUGAUGAUAAAUUAAAUUCAUUGCAUUUAGAUCUGGGUAUGUCUAGUGAUAGUGAAAAUGAUUUUAUGGUGGAUAGUCAUAAGCAGAAAAGCAAGCACUCAGUACAAGAUAGCAUGCAACGUGGAACUCCUAGUGGUGAGAGCAGUGAAAUGUAUAGUAGUACUAGUGGAUUAUCUCUCGCCACGCGGACUUUAUUGAGUCAACUACAAGAUGAUGGCUCCUCCAGUAACGAUUCGUCUUUCGCGCUAAAGUCAAAGUCGAUCGAGAAAAUAAAAGAAAUUGACUCGAAAAUAGAUAAAUCCGAAUCGGAUGCUUUGACGAAAGCAAAAGAGAAGCUAUCAGAAAAAGUUGCUGAGGCAAAGUCACAGCAGAAAAGGAUAGACGUCUACAGUACGGCAAUCAGUUCGUCUGACAUCAAUUUAGAGUCGUUUUCGUAUCUAGACGAAGGUAUGAUGGUGGGUGACGAUGUGUUUGCUAGUGAGGAGUCAAAGGCGCGAGAGUCGCGACGCAAUGACAACAUUGAUGAUCAACUUAGUAGGUUACUUGGGGAAGACUCCGCUAACUCCACAGAUUCACAAACUGUAAGUGAAAGUUUGCCUUUAAGUAAAUGAGCAAUAAAGUAGUUUUAAUAUGAGAAUGGUAAAAUGUUUCUUUAAAAUGUAAUACCACUUAAUCCAACAUGAAUCUAAUCUGAAGUGUAUAAAGUGAAGAACGACGGUAAUCUCAAUUAUUUUAUUUUUUUGUUUAUAAUCGCGCGAAGACAGACAGAUAUGUUUGUACUCUACAAUAUCUUUAGUUUUUGUAAAGUAGAGGCUCUUAAGAAAUUUAAUGUGUACUACUAGAAAUGUGUGUAUGUACACAUGAACAAAUAGUUGUCUCUGUAUCAGUAGUAUAAACGCUGUAUAAAAUGUCCAGUUAUGUAAAGGCAUAUAUCAAUAUUUUUCAAACUUAAACUUAUUACGAUAAAUAGAUUAAGAUAAAUAUAUCCAAUCUUGAGGUAAUCUUCUUUUCCAAUAGUUCUGCCUUGAGAUGCGGUACCUAGGUACUGCAUCUGCAAAAACUUUGCUAAUAUUUACAAGAGGAUCAAUUACAUAAUUAAUGUAACUGAUUCAGUUAUAAAUUGUUGAUUUUAGCAAAGCGUCUGUAAUGUUUAGAUAAUAUAAUACAUUUUUUAAUAUCUAACGUCAAUUGCGGGAUGUCUGAUGUCACUACAUUAUAUGAUAAUAUAAAAAAAUCUAAUGCGAUAUGAUGACGUCUCACUAUGCGCAAUAACUCUUCUUACUUUACUGCAUAUUAUCUGAACAAAAUAAUAUCGAUGGGAAGUACAUUUCCCAGGCUUCUAUCGAUUCGUUCGUUCGUUUGCGGGCCAACUAGUACAUAUAUUAUAUUACAUACUAGUUGGCCCGUGCAACUUCGUCAGUGUUAAAUUUUUCCCCCGUCUUUCCAACAUUUUUCAUUACCGCUCCACUCCUAUUGGUUGUAGUUCUGGAUUAAUGGACUAUCCUAUACUAAAUAAAUUGUCAAAAUCGUAUCAGUAAGACCAGAGAUUACUCCGAAGAUCCAAACUCACAAACUUUACCUUUUUAUAAUAUUAGUAUUGUUAAGUUACGUAUGCAAACGACAUGCAUCUUCCAAAUUUCCAAUUCCAUUACAAUUGUCGAGACUAAUGCAACCAUACCGACUGAGAAGUACUUAUAUAAAUAGAUUGACCUUAUAUUUAUAGAUAUAAUCUAGAAACGUAAACUAAAUAAUAGUAAAUAAAUCUAUAAAUUUUACAUUGUCAGAAUUCAUUAGUAUCUAGUAAUUUAUAAAUAACAUCACUUAAGAAUUUAUAAAGGAAUAUAUUUUAUUAAAUUGUUAUAUAGCUCUUCAAUUCUUAUUGCAAUAAUUUACAAAUAUAUUUAGAUAAAGGUGUAAGUAUAUUGAAUUAUUUGACGUAAAAUCUAAAGUUAAUGAUGUCCGUGUUCGUGUUAUGUACGCGUGGAAGAGUUAAUAUAAAACGACAUUAUUAUAAAUAUACCUAUGUUAGAUUUCUGUUUUGUUAUCCAGUAAGUGAGAAGUAA